GGUUUACAUUCGGUUGUCGGCUGUUGGUGGAGUGGAGCAGAGCGAGAUGUGUCACAGCCUGGGCGCUCCCCACCCAAUGUCCCAUGGCCAUGCAAAGGGAAGGUUGGACACUGUGGGUGUUUCCGGGUGCUGAAGGACCUCAGCCCAGGCGAGACCAUCAACCCGGAGGCUGAGGACAAUCCCAGGUCAGGCUACCGCGAGCCGCCAAACUGUCCAUUGGACUCCGGGGCAGGGAGCCUCAGCACCACCCUGCCUGCUCAGGGGGAGCUCCUGAUGGACGUGCUAAGGAGGAUGCGGAGGAGGACGGCUCUGCGCGUGGGCCCGGAGCCAGCAGGAGGCAGCUGCCAGCAGCCCCAGGCAGAAAGGGCCACCUCUGUCCCUGCUGGGAGGGAAGCAGCCACCAGCCAGCCCAGGACAUGGACAUGGACACGGUUGGCCUUCCUGACCAGGAAGAGACCAGCUCCCAGAGCAGGCACCGAGCGGGGCGAGGCGGCAUCUGCUCUGAGACGGAGGUGCCCCAAGUUCUGCCUGGGCAGGCGGGACCCAGUCCAUGAAAGGAGCCAGGCAACGCAGCUCUGGGUUUGCUUUUGCUUCAAGGCCAGCCCCCAGGAGUCCAGCCCCGUGGCCCAGCGGGAGACAUCUCCCAGCCUGCAUCCUGGUGACCUCCCUGCCUCUCCAGGGCAGGAGAUGGGGGGACCCUGUCCCAGCACCAGCAGCUCGGCCUGCUCCCGAGGGGAGAGCGGAUGUUUCCUGGGGGGUCCCUGGAGCACGGAGGCUGAGUGCUCCUCCACUACAGCAGCAGCAGGAGUCACCCUCUGCCCUUCUCUCCCCGAUGCAGACGAUCUCAGUGACCUGUCAGAGAACUGGCCAUGGAGGAGGAGGAGGAGAAGGAACCAACCAAGGAGGAGGAGGAGGAGGAGAAGAAGGAACCAGCCACGGAGGAGGGUGAGAAGGAAUCAACCACAGGGGAGGAGCAGGAACCAGCCACAGAGGAGGAUAAUGAGGAGGACUCAGCCUCAGAGUCGGAGGAGAAUAAUGAUGAGGACCCAGCCACAGAGGAGGAGGGAUCCUCCUGUUUAAAAAUGAACACAUUUCCAGUGCCCGUCUCCCUUAUUGAUCAAUCAUGGUGGUAACUAUUAUUAAGCAAUUAAUAAUUUUAACCCUUAGGUUUCCUGGACCUGCCCUAAACAGCAAUGUUUAGAGGUCUGUUUUAUGUAUUUAACUCUUUGUUCUCUGAUGUUUUAUUUUAUGUUUCAACACAAUUAUAUUGAAAUUGUUUUGUCUUUAUUAGUCCCUUAGUUAUGUUUUAGGUCAUGUGACUGUUAUAGGAUUUUCAAUUUAGGGGAGUUAUUUUAUUUUUGUUGUUGCAACAAAAAACAUUUUGUGCACAAAGGUAUAAGAAAGCUAAUUAAUAAAACUAUUUUUGUGGUCCCACACUAUUUCAAUAUUAUAAUUAGGCUAUACCCACCAUUGGUGUACUAUUACAAUACACUAAUUGUAGUUCUUUUUUGCAAAUGUUAGUCAUAAAUACAGGUAUAUUUGUUUAUAAUUAAAUUAUGUAUUGAUGCAAUGUUUUUGGUUAAUCUUAAUUUUGAGUUUGUCAAGCAAUGUAGCAAGUUGUUUGGCACAACCUAGGUUAAAAUGUAUAAAUUCAUAAAAGGGAAACUAUGACAAUAUUUAUGUAGCGUUAAUAGCUAUGUUAUGGCUACAAUGUUUUAUAAUGUAACUCUGUAUUGAUUGGUUAUCUGUGUUUAUAGAUUGUUAAAUAUCAUCAAAUUAAUGCAAAUAAAAUCAGG